CAAAGCUUCGUAAAACAGAAGAAACUCCAGCCGGAAGUAUACAAACUCACAUGUUAGACGAACGUGUGAAAAACAGAUUUACGACGUUUAAGGAGUAAAUCUAGGAGCAGCUGGAAAAACGUGAAAACUAGACUAAUGACGGGAACACGCAUAUUAUAGAUAAUUUCGGUUAUAAUUUGUUUUACUCUCCGAAAUGCCAUUUUCAGCAUGUCUACAGUAUCUGCAUUGACAGCAAAAUCAUUUUGUUAUACUUAUAAAUAGCGGUGACGUGUAGCGCUGAAAAUCGCUGUUAGUUUAUCUGUAGAAGUUAAAUAAUGUCAUCCUCAAUGACAAUCCCAGUUAUAGAUGUACAGGGAAACAACUUUAAGGAGUUGUGGGCAGCAAUGGUGAUAGCCAUUAAAACAUCUUCAUUCAUCGCCAUUGAUACGGAACUGAGUGGUCUUGGAUCAAGGAAAGCUCUUCUAGCUGAAUCCAUUGAAGACAGAUACAAAGCCAUAUGCCAUGCAGCUCGCACACGGUCCAUACUUUCAUUGGGCUUUGCUUGUUAUAAAAAGCUUGACGACAAAGAUGACAGCACAUACCUGGUCCAGGUUUACAAUCUGACCUUGCUUUGUUCAGAGGAAUACAUCAUUGAACCUCAGUCAGUGCAGUUCCUUGUACAACACGGAUUUGACUUCAACAAACAAUACGCUGAAGGCAUUUCUUAUUAUAAGGGUAAUGAUAAAGGAAGUGAUGCCCAUGGGGUAAACAUGCGCUCCUUGUUCAUAGAACUGCUUAGGGCCAACAAGCCCUUAGUGGUCCAUAAUGGUCUGAUAGACAUGGUCUUCUUGUACCAAUGCUUUUAUGCCCAUCUUCCUGAUCGACUGGGCACCUUCAUUGCCGAUCUGUCCCAGAUGUUUCCAUCAGGCAUCUAUGACACCAAGUAUGCAACGGAGUAUGAGCUGCGGUUUACAGCCUCAUACUUGGAAUAUGCCUAUAAGAAAUGUAAGCUGGAAAAUAGCAAAGCCAUUGCAGGAGGUGGCAAUGGGAGUCAUGUGUUCCUAGAGUUUUGUAAAUAUACAGGCAGCAUGCAGAGCUACAUAGACUACAGGCCGUGCUUGGACAACCAGAAUCAGGAUGGUGCCCUCAACAUCUGUGUUCAGUUCUCUGCAUAUGGAUGGUGUCCUAACGGCUCUCAGUGCUCCAUGUCACAUGACACAGACCUUAUAAUCCAGCAGGAUGAGAAGAUCAGAGAAGACAAGAGGAAGAAGAGGAAGCGCAAGAACAAAAAGAAAGGUUCUCAAGGGCCCACUGAGGCAUGCAGUUCCCCGCAGGGCAAAAGGUUGCACUUUGAAGAGACUGAGCUGGACCAGGCAGUGCCCAUAUCUGAACAUCAGGAGAAGACCCCAAGUUCUGAGCCAGCAGAUGCCACACAUGCGUUUGAACCUGAGAAAGCAGAUAGCAAAAAUGGAAAUGAGGAAUCUCAGCCGGAAGCAUCUUCUGAAGCUCCUGUUAGACCAAAAGAGAAGAAAGCGGAAGGAGGAACUCACCGAGCAGGGUUUGAUGCUUUUAUGACCGGCUAUAUUUUUGCUUAUGCCAGAAACCUGUCAGAAAACACAGAAGAAUCCAGCACUGCUCCCCUCAUCCCUGCGUGUCUCAAUAAGCUCUUCCUCAGUGGCAAGUCUCUUCCUCUACAUGUAGCCAAAAGCACCUUCUCCAAGUCUUCAAAGGCUCAUGUGCACAAGAUGGAAUACGUCUGGGGAAAAGGCACUGCUGUAAAACCUGAAGGAACUGCAUAGAAACCUUUGAUUUUCAGAUUUCAAUUUUGUGAACAUUUUGGGUCAAAUAAAAAAUAAAAGUUUUUCUACAGUUUCCUCAC